AAAUUCUUAGCACACUGUGUGAUGUGGUUGUGAACAUAAGCGUUUACUGUAGGGUGGGUCAUGAGCAUCCCUGAUAGACCAGUGUGUUAGAAUUCUAGAAUGUUUCAUCACAGAGUGGGGAGAACUUCGGAUUCUGUUUCCACACACACAGACAUUCAGAGAUCAGCAAGAGCAAGCAAGCAACUCCAGCUACAACUUGCCUUUAUCGCACAUUUAACAUUCCACUCUUUACUUCCUACUUUUCACAACAUCCUCUUUGGAAAAUGAUGAGUUGUAAAUAGAUGCCCUUCUGAAUAUGGCUACGUGGAUUAGCAAAUCUGAACGUCAGGAUUCAUAUUAUGGAUCCGCAGGUAUUUUAUACUUUAGUGUUCAGUAGGACGAGCAGCCUAUUGCGUGCUCGGGAGCGCUAAAGCCUGGAUUUAACACAGAAGCAGAAGAUACAGUAUAUAUAAGCAAUGUAUCCAGACCUGUUUAUUCAGAGAAAUGGAAUUAUUUCAUCGGUAGGCCUCGUUUAAGACAAUUCCUCGCUUCGUGCCUGCGGCAAACCCACUCCACCAUGUCCUGCUACUUCAGAUCUACCCCCAGUCCCACCCCAUCCUGCCACCUCACUUCUACCACUCAUCCCACCCUGUCCUGCCACCCAAAUUCUACCCCCCGCCCUCAAUGAUGGAGAGAAAACGACACCACUCCUCCAUCCCUUCUGUCCAGCAGCAGUAUCCAAGAGCCACACCUGCUGGAUUUGAUACUCAUCAUGGCCACAUGCGCAAGGGAGUGUAUUAUUCCACUGCCAAGCCUCCUGAGCACACAGAUGAACAAGUGCAGGAGGGAGAAAAGGCCGAGCCAUCCACUGCCCCAGCUUCUACACCUCUUACAGGGGGUGAGAUUAUGGAGGCAGAAGAGGCCGAGUCAUCCACUGCCCCGGCUUCUACACCUCUUACAGGGGGUGAGAUUAUGGAGGCAGAAGAGGCCGAGCCAUCCACUGCCCCGGCUUCUACACCUCUUACAGGGGGUGAGAUUAUGGAGGCAGAAGAGGCCGAGCCAUCCACUGCCCCGGCUUCUACACCCCUUACAGGGGGUGAGAUUAUGGAGGCAGAAGAGGCCGAGCCAUCCACUGCCCCGGCUUCUACACCCCUUACAGGGGGUGAGAUUAUGGAGGCAGAAGAGGCCGAGCCAUCCACUGCCCCGGCUUCUACACCCCUUACAGGGGGUGAGAUUAUGGAGGCAGAAGAGGCCGAGCCAUCCACUGCCCCGGCUUCUACACCCCUUACAGGGGGUGAGAUUAUGGAGGCAGAAGAGGCCGAGCCAUCCACUGCCCCGGCUUCUACACCCCUUACAGGGGGUGAGAUUAUGGAGGCAGAAGAGGCCGAGCCAUCCACUGCCCCGGCUUCUACACCCCUUACAGGGGGUGAGAUUAUGGAGGCAGAAGAGGCCGAGCCAUCCACUGCCCCGGCUUCUACACCUCUCAAAUGGGAGUGGGAUUAUGGAGGCAGAAGAGGCCAAGUCAUCCACUGUACUAGGUCCUACACUGCUCACAGGGGGUGAGAUUAUGGAGGCAGAGCCAUCCACACCCCCAACUCCUACACCGCUCACAGGGGGUGAGAUUAUGGAGGCAGAGCCAUCCACACCCCCAACUCCUACACCGCUCACAGGGGCUGAGAUUGUAAAACAGAAUAAGAACGGCUCAAGCUCCAGAUAAAGACAUAACUCCACUAGACACAACAUGUCACCACCGGAAGGUGACAAAUUACCAGUAGAGGCCCACAGGGACCAUCAACACUGUCCACUAAUACCAAUAAAACUCCCAUCAUAAGCAUUAAAGUAGGGAUUACAUACAUACAUUGAACGAAGAUAAAACAAACUCACCAGAGUCUGAAGCAAAAUACUCUGAGAAAGAUCUCUCUUCUCACAACUCCUCUGAAAAUAAACACUUUAAACA